AUGUUCGUCCAAACUAUCCUCCUAAUCCUCCUGCCUCUAGGGGUUUCUUACUUCAUAAGCCGGAUCCGCUACUCCCGCUUCCAGAAGUAUGCCGACUGGCCGCAACUCCCUCCCUCCCUCAUCUGGGGCCACAUGAAAGCGCUCCACGAGUUUAUUGCCCGAGGUGAGGAGAGAAGGCACAUCGACAUCGUGUUUCAAGAAAUCCAGGAACAUCUGGGGAAUCCUCCUCUCGUUCUCUAUGAUCUCCGUCCUGUACAGUUUCGGCUGUGUGUGGUCGGGAACCAUGAGGUCGCAGAACAAAUUGCCCGGAGCUCUAAAAGCUUUCCGUAUAGUAUGAAGAAAUCGCCCACCAUGGGUGCGCUGGAGCCUUUGUUGGGACCGCACUCCAUCAUUACGCAGCAGGGAGAGCACUGGAAGGGUCUACGCAAGCGGUUCAACCCCGGAUUUGCGCCUCAGCACCUCAUUACCUUGCUGCCAUGUAUCUUGGACAAGGCGAUUCAAUUCACUGAUAUUCUUGACGGGUACGCUCGUAGUGGAGAGGAAUUCUCUCUCGACGAGCGAUGCGUCAGUCUUACCUUUGAUAUUAUCGGCGCAGUAACUAUGGACAAAGACUUCCAUGCCCAGAUCGACCGCAGCAAACAGGAUGAGCUCGUUCGUCUCUACCGUGAGCUAACGACCACAUACCGUAGAGGCAGCAGCGUGCAAUGGGACUGGUUGGAACCCCGCCUUAACUGGCGGCGUCGAACUCUGUCUCGACGCAUUGAUCAGCUGAUAGCCGAACACAUCAAACUGAAGUUUGCUGAGCUCAAGUCCAAGUCGACGGAGAAGCGCUCCCGGAGUGUUCUCUCCCUGAGUUUACAGGACAUCGACCAACUAAAUACCCAAGUCAUCCAGGAAACAUGCGACCAGCUCAAAAGCUUCCUUUUCGCCGGUCACGAUACCACCAGUGUCGUAUUGCAGUGGACCUUCUAUAUCCUCAGUCGCACCCCACGCGUGCUGGAUAAAGUUCGCCGCGAACUCGACGACCUCUUCGGCCCAGAUCCAUCCCCCGCAGCCGUGCAAGAGAAGCUCCUUGCCCCGGGCGGAGAAGAACUCCUGAAGCGAAUGUCCUAUACUUCCGCUGUGAUCAAGGAAAUCCUGCGACUGUACCCUCCAUCCGGAUCAGCGAGAUACAUGCCCUCGGGCUCAGGCUUCAACGUGCAAUUACCAGACGGAAAGACGCUCUGCCUAGACGGAGUGGUCAUCUACCUCAACGCGACACUCGUCCAUCGUGAGGAGAAAGUGUACGGACCGACAAAAGAUGAAUUUAUUCCAGAGCGGUGGCUGGGAAACACAGAUACCGGUCUAGGACUGAUCCCGGAUAGCGCGGAGAAUCAGGGGGAUGGAGAUGGUUCGGUCGCAAGCGCCCAUGUUCCCGCCAGCGCGUGGAGACCGUUCGAGCGCGGCCCGCGCAACUGUAUUGGUCAAGAGCUAGCCAACCUGGAGGCCCGGGUAAUCCUGGCGUGUACGGUUCGGCGCUUUGAUUUCGAGAAGGUGGGGGUGGGCGCUCUUGCGCGGGAUGCGACUGGGGCGCCUAUCUUGGAUGCUGCUAAGGGGCAGUAUGAGGUGGAGACGGAAUUGUUUAAUACUAUGCAGGUCACCGCGAAGCCUAUUGAUGGGACGGUGGUGAAAGUUCAUCUUGCUGAGAGAGCCACCUAA